AUGCUGUCUUCGGAGGGCGUGAAUUUUAAUAAUGAGACUGAAGCGUCGGACUUUCUGUCGGCUCUGCUUGACGACAGUGUCUUCCAGCUGGACGGUAAUACCAGAGCCAGAUACUUCUGGUACGGAAUUGCUGCCCUUAUCGGCGUGAUGGGCGUCUGGAAUCUUUGCUGGCGAAUUGACUUGCAUCUAAGGUUCCGGGCAAUCCAGUCCUCAAACAAAGCGGUAUCCGGGCCUUUCGCUAAGGUUACCGGGACGAUCGCAUGUACGGCAAGGCGUUUGACAUAUCCCCAGGUGACUCCUGCCGGAAGCGCCUCUUGGUUCAAAGUUCCUGCGCUAGGAAUCAUCUACCUGGUCCUAGCGUACAUUCUGUUUAUCCUUCUCCUCCAAUUUGUGGGUGACGAUGUCGCGGGCCCUACAUGGUAUACUUUCGUCGGUGUUCGUGCUGGCUGGCUCGCUGUGGCUCAGCUUCCCCUAAUUAUCCUGCUCGUUGGCAGACACAGUCUGAUUGGCCUGAUAACCGGCGUCUCCUAUGAGAGGUUAAAUGUGCUCCAUCGCUGGGUUUCUCGUGGUCUUCUCCUGCUGGCGACAUUUCAUGUCGCAUUUCUGGCCUCAGGAUGGAGCCGCUUCCCUGGUUUGCAGUCAUUGGAAUGGGCUACAGACGAAGCCUUCCGCUCUGGCGUGGCCAAUUACACAAUCCUUGUCUGGAUAAACAUUUCGACCAUUGCUCCUCUGCGCCAUCUCUCGUACGAGUUCUUUGUUAUCCAACACGUUAUCACUUACUUUGGACUCAUUAUUGCCUGUGCAUACCACAUUCCCGGAAGUGCCAAGUACGCGCGCGUCUACAUCUAUGUCGCCGUGGCGCUAUACCUGGUUGAGCGUCUGGUGUAUUUUUUCCGCUGUUUGUUCAACAACUCUGUCUCUAGCCAGGUCACUCUCGAAUCUCUCGAAGGGGGUGUCACCAAGAUCUAUGCUUCUAAUCGCCGCAUCAAGACCUGGGCCCCCGGAUCACACGUUAUGAUUAGCCUUCCCCGGUUCGGGCUCUUUCAGUCGCACCCAGCCACGAUCAUGUCUAUUCCUAGCUCUCACAAUGGCGAUAUGGUCCUGCUUCUUCGAGCCUAUAAAGGGUUCACCAAGCGCAUCUACGAGGCCGACCGAACGAACCAAAACACGACAAGCACAGACGGAGCGGUGCAAGAAAAGCAACCCCGGAACCAGCUCACAAAGUACAUGGCCUUCGUCAAUGGCCCAUAUGGUGCAUCUCACGCAGAGUUUGCCUACUUUGACACCGUCCUCCUAAUUGCUGGUGCCACCGGUGUGACUUUUGCCAUGUCGGUCUUGCUCGACGUUGCACACCGCGCGGCCUCCGUGGCAGAGGGUAAUGGCAAGCCUCUUCCCAUUCGCAAAGUGACCCUGAUAUGGAUGGUCCGCAACUCUGCGUGGGUGGAAUGGAUCACCGAAGAGCUACAGAUAGCCGUGCGCGAUCUCGAGAACGCCGGGAUUCUCUUUGGCAUCCAGGUCUUUGUGACCAAGGUGGAUGAGUCCGAUGCAACUCUAACCAACAGCCCGGCACUUCGCCCGCAGAUUCUCGCCAAAGACGCAGAGAAGACCCCCAAACAGACAAAGAAUCACAGUAUUCUCGGACUUGGCGUUGAGUCCGGCAGGCCCAUGUGGGAUACCCUCUUCCAAGAUACCCUGUCUGGUCCCAAUGGAGAGAGUGCUGUGGGUGUAUGUGGCCCUCUUAGCCUUUCAGUGGAAGUUCGCAGAAAAGUGGUUGCAUUGAACAGCGAUAGCAAUCGCCGUGUCUAUCUGCACGUUGAGAGUUUCUCGUGA